AUGAAACAACUUAUUAAGAACAAACUUGGAAAUCAAUGGCGAACAGUGGUCCUUGAUGGAAAUUCAUCAACUGUCAAUUUAAACGUACGAAAGCAGCUCAAGAAAUAUUCAAGACAAGCAGUUGCAUCAACGAACUCUCAAUCACUUGUAAUAGUACUUUAUUUUGAAAGUGGUAAUAUUUUGAUUCCACAAUGUACUCGAAAGCGACGAAAAAAGAGAAAUGUGAAUCAGCAUAAUGAAAUUUAUGAUGAAACAGCUCGAAAUCCUGCUCCUCUACCAAAUUCACCUUCAAUUGAAACAUCAGUUGCACAUAUAAAUGCACUGAAUAUCAAUGAAGCAACAUCACCACGAAAUGAUAGUCCACCACCAUUGGCUAAUAAAUUACCUAAUAAAAAUAUGUUAAGAGUUACAACUGCUGAUUUACCAAAUCAGAGUUUAUUAGAAAUUGAUUUUGAUUUAAAAAAUACAAAAUUAGUUCUACCUGAUAAUAAAUUACAAGAUGAAAGUAUAGUACCAGUAGUUAAUGAUUGCUCAAAUAAAAAUUCAUCUCAACUUGAUGAUAAAUUACCACGUAAUAGUCUAUUACAGUUUAAUAACAAAUCACCAAAUCAUAUACUAUUACCACUUGAUGAAAAUUUAGAAGAAGAAAAUGUAUUUUCAUAUGGUGAUCAUUUUCCAAAUGACGAUUUACUCUCACUUGAUGAUCAUAUAGAAAAAAAAAGUGUAUAUUCACGUGCUAAUGAUUUAGCAAAUGAUAAUUUAAUGUCAGCUAAUGGUCAUUUAGAAAAAGAAAAUGUAUUUUUACGUAAUGAUAAUUUGCCAAAUGACAAUUUAAUGUUAAUUGAUGAUGAAUUAUCAAAUACAAAACUUGUACCGCGUACCAAUGAUUUAUUAAAUCCUAAUACAGUAGCAGUUACUGGUCAAUAUUUAAAUGAUAAUGAAUCAUCAAAUAGUGAUAAUGUUCGAGAAAUUGUUCAUAAUAACAUGGAUCCGGAUUUACCAAAAUUUAUACUCGAUUUAUACGAAGAAAAAGAUAAUACAAUGAAGGAAUAUAAUGUUAAAAUUGAUGAAACUCAUCAUAGAUUAGACCUCAUCCAGGUUCAAUUAAAUGAAGCAAAGAAUACAUUAAAUGAAGCAAAGAAUACACUGGAAAACGAAAAAGUGGAAGAAACAGUAAGUUUAGAAUUAAAAUAA